UCAGGGCAUGGGCACAAGUGACCAAACACUGCAAACAAAAUGCUGCUUCUAGCUUCAGCUUUUUUUCUAACACUACUGCAGUGCUCUAAAGCCCAAAACGAAAUAAGCAUUGAACCUGCAGACUGUAACACCAUUGAAACAGAUGCAGGAGUGGCCCUGGAUUUGGUCAACAGGCAUCGCAGAGAUGGUUAUGUUUUUGGUUUAUUCCGUGUUGCUGAUGCACAUGAACUACAUUUAGGAAAUUCAACGGUACUAUACUUAACUUUGGAUGUGCUGGAAACAGAAUGCUCUGUCUUAUCCAGAAGACACUGGGAGUCCUGUGAAUACAGUGACGUCUAUCCAAUGGACUUUGGGCAAUGUAAGAUUAUCACAUAUACAAACCAUCUGCUGAAGAAACCUCAACUAUAUGGAUUUAAUUGUACAUUAAGUCCAGUUCCACCUGACUUAGUAGAGUGCAAAGAUUGUCCUGUGAAACUUGAAGCCUUAGAAGUCACUGAGCAACAUAAAGAUAUUGCUGCAAAGGCCCUGAAGAAAUUCAACAGUGAAGGUAACCACACAAACAACUUUGCUGUGGAUAAGGUUGAAAGAAUUUUAAAGAUGACUGCCUCCCGUGAAGGUCACAUAUUAGGAUUCUCUAUAAAAGAGACCAACUGUUCAAAAUCUAUGCAGGAAACAGAUCAGGCAUUGGAAUGUGAUUUUCUGCAUGACUGGCACACUCACAUGGGAUUCUGCAAGGCAAGAAUUAUCAGUGAUGCAGAUGAAGCUGAUGGAACAGAUAUAAGCUGUGAAAUCUACCAUCCCUGGCACCAUGGCUGUGGGCGAAGAUGGAAACAUUCAGCUCUGGGACAUCCACACAGACAUCCCCACUGUCAUCAUCAUUUUGGUCACAGACAUCACCAUAAGCAUCACCACAGACAUGAAUGCCCCCCCUCUUCUCAGUCCAGACCUGAAGACCCUGAGCAUAACUCCAAAUCUAGCAAGGAAGAUCAAGACAGCAACAAAGGACUUUCUUCUCCCCCUCCUCCCCAUGAUGAACCAGAUCAUGACCAUCCUCCUCACCACCAUGGACCACCCUGUCCCCCUCCCCAUGGACCAGGUCACCACCACCCUCCUCACCACGAUGGACCACCCUGUCCUCCUCCCCAUGGACCAGAUCAUGACCAUCCUCCUCACCACCAUGGACCACCCUGUCCCCCUCCCCAUGGACCAGAUCACCACCACCCUCCUCACCACCAUGGACCACCCUGUCCCCCUCCCCAUGGACCAGAUCACCACCACCCUCCUCACCACCAUGGAUGGCACUGUCCCCCUCCUCCAGGACACCCUCCUCAUCACUGUCAUCACUAUCACAGACAUCAUCACAACAAGACAAGCAUAUCAGGGAAGUAUUUUCCAUGCCAAGUAACAGGAGCUGUCUAUCGCAUCCCAGUUCCAAAUCAGCAGGAUUCUCUCACACCUCCCACUGCAAACUUUCCUGAACUAUCCCAAUGCAACCUUCACUUUUCCAGCACUGGCUCAAAACUAAAAGAAAUGGCAGAAGAUCCAGGCUUUCCGGAUCACCCUACACGAUCAAAAUCAUGCCCCGGAAAACCCAAACUUGACCUCCCAAAGAUUUUGCCUUUAUUUCCUCAUAGCCUUGUAACAGAAAAUUCUCCUAUAUGACCUCAGAGAAAGAUGUUCCUGGCUCAAUAAUUUCAUGGGCAACUGCAUUUCUACAGUCAAUGAAAACAGCACAUGGAGAAGUGGGAAAAGCAUUCUGUUUCUAGGAAGGAGAAUCACUGAAAAUAAUCAUUACGUAUUUCAACCUGCUUCUUCAUCAUGGCUAUCUCAAGCUCCACUGUAACUGAAAGGCUCAAAAUUCUGAGUCCCUCAGAUAAUUUGAAUGGGUAAAAAUCUCCCCAGAAAAUGAUGCUCCUUCAGUUCUAACAAAAAGGAAAAUUCUCUAAUAAUGCAAAUUACCAUCUAAAAUCUUUCCUUUUUUCAUCAUUCAUAACUAUAAUGUACUUCUCCAAGGAAUCUGACCUAGAGGAAACUGGACUGCUUUCCAUAAAAAAGUAAUCCAUAACACUACAUUCAUGCUUUAUACAGAUUUAUAGAAAAUAAAAAAUUCAACCAUUUUUUCUUGA